UCAGGGGUGUCACAAGCCUGCGAAGAUGGCGGCGGCAGGGAGGAAUACACUAUUAUCUGCUAACUCUAAUGUGCAUAACAGUACAGCAGAGAACCAGAAUACGGAGGAGGAAGAUGGACAGAAUCUCUGGUCAUCCAUAUUGAGUGAAGUAUCAACGCAUUCACGGUCCAAAUUGCCAUCCGGGAAGAAUGUGGUGGUUAUGGGUGAGGUGGGGUCAGGUAAGACCACGCUGGUCGCCAAAUUGCAAGGUGUGGAGGAAUAUAUGCGGGGGCGUGGCUUAGAAUAUCUAUACUUCAGCGUUCACGAUGAAGACAUUGACGACCACGCACGCUGUAACGCCUGGGUGCUGGACGGCGACCUCUAUCACAAAGGCCUGCAGAAGUUUGUGCUGUCGGCAGAGAGCCUGCCCCACUCGGUGGCCCUGCUGGUGGUGGACCUGUCCCGGCCAUGGCUGGCCCUCGACUCCCUGCACAAGUGGGCCAGUGUGCUGGCCGAGCACAUCGACAAGCUCCGCAUCCCGCCCGAGACCAUGAGGGAACUAGAACUCAGAUUGGUAAAGCAGUUUCAGGAGUAUGCAGAACCAGGAAGUGACUUAGAAGCAGUAACGCAGCGCAGAAACCCAGACCAAGAGGAGGAGAGUGUCUUACUACCGCUGGGGGAUAACACACUAACACACAACCUCGGCCUGCCCAUAGUGGUGGUCUGUACUAAGUGUGACGCCAUUAGUACCCUGGAGAAGGAGCACGACUACAGAGACGAGCACCUAGACUUCAUCCAGUCCCACAUCAGACGCUUCUGUCUGCAGUACGGGGCAUCUCUUCUCUACACAUCCAUGAAGGGGAAGAACCUGGACGUUCUGUACAAGUACAUGGUGCACCGGCUCUACGGCUUCCCUUUCAACAUGGCUGCCCAGGUGGUGGAGAGAGACGCAGUCUUCAUUCCAGCAGGUUGGGACAAUGAGAAAAAGAUCUCCAUCUUGCAUGAGAACUUCCAGACGUUGAAAGCAGACGACGUGUUUGAGGAGGCAAUAGUGAAACCACCAGUGAGGAAGUUUGUACACGAGAAGGAGGUGUUGGCUGAAGAUGACCAGGUGUUCUUAGUGAAACUACAGUCUCUGUUGGCUAAGCAACCGCCUGUCACAGCUGGCAGACCAGUGGACCCCACCAACAGAGCCCCAACUGGCUCCCCACGGACCAGCAACCGUUCUGCAGCGGCUAAUGUGGCUAACGUCAUGCCCAUGCAAUCAGGUACCAAGAAGAUUGAUCCCAACAUGAAAGGAGGUCAAACCAGUGAAGGGGUGCUGGCUAACUUCUUCAACAGUCUGCUCACGAAGAAGGCAGGGUCACCUGGGCCAGGUGGACAACCAGCCACAGGCAGCAGCACACCGGGCACAGUCAGGAAGUCAGGUUCUAAACUGGGACUGACAGAUGUUCAAGCUGAACUAGAUCGCAUCUCCAGCAAAUCAGAACUGGAUUCCACAAACUCCACCACGCCCCCCGCAGAAAACGACCAAUCAUGAGAAGGGGGAGGGGACACGCACAUUAUUCUCCGCCUCCUGCUUCACUGCUCUCCACUCACCUUUACCUGUACCUGCCCUUUACCUGUCCUCCCCCUACACACCUGCGCUUGUGCUUUGAGACAACUAACAGCUGCAUGCUGUGAGAACGGCCUCUCUCUACCACAACCAUACAGACUACUGACACACACACACACACACACACUUUUGUGUACACAACACACACCUACUGUAAACCUGACACACACACACUUACUUUUGUGGCCUGUUUGUUUCUCUAUGUCUAUGUGAGUCAGGGUGGGAGGGAGGUAGAGAGGGAGUGUGUGUGUGUGUGUGUGUGUGUGUGUGUGUGUCAUGUUUGGCUGUUGAAGCUGUAGGGGAUGAAUAGACAGAUAUGUUUGGGAAGAGCUCAUGUGUAAAGGUUAGAUCACCAGAGGUAGUUUCUCAUCUCAUCUCAUCUUUCUCUCCUUGGUUUUCUGUUCACCCACCUCCUCUCUCCCUGGAGUGCGCAUGCGGUGGCGGGAGUUGGAGGGCUCCUACAGGGGGCAGCGUUUCACACACUGACACUUAAAAAAGGGAAUUUGGGCUCUGAGCCCACAUGGAUGUGCGGUCAAUGAAACACCACUGCUGUGUGUGUGUGUGUGUGUGUGUGGGGGGGCUUGAACUUCAUGCUUUUUUAUUUAUGUGUCCUAGUCAGUAUUCUGAAGCAGUGGGAAGGGUAAAACUCUAAAGGUCAGAUGACGCAGGGAGUUGCAUCACACAGGGGAGGAAAUGACUCUGAUGGAGAAGUUUGCCGGCGUCCGUUAGUUAAAAAUAGAUAAACAUGUAAAUAUUUCCCUUUUCUUCUCUACUCCCCUGGAGAGUGCUGUGUGGAGAGUCAAUCACGGAUAAUGGUGACGCCCAAACUAACCCUGUCUGUGAUUCUCCCCUGCUGUAUAGGUCAAAGGUUAGGGUUCAAAUAGAGAUGUGAGGGGGGAGUGGGGUGUUCGGAGGUAGAAAGUUUGACGGCCUAUGGGAGGCAAGGAACUCCUGUUGGUUGGUUCUAGAUGGGAUGAAGGGAAGUGUUUGAACCGGUUCUAGGUGGCGAGAGAGGAUUGUUGAAAGUCUAGAUGUCUAGAUGGAGAGAGGAGCAUGUUUAGAACUGGUUGUAGAUGGGUAGUGGGGAAGUCAUAUUGGAGCAGGAAUAUGUUCAGUAUUGAAAUAGAAUUGAAAUGCAUUGAGACCCUCAGAGAGCAAACACACACACACACACACUACGCGGUAGUCAGGGAGAAUUGUUGAUCCACUGCUCUGUGGGAGUUGUUGAAGACAGACACGUCAUCCAAUCAGACGCAGACCUACAGGCCUGAAGGGAGGAAAUCCCGACUCCACACAUUGUGUCUAAUGGGAUCCCCUGUCCUGCAUCUGUGCUGGAUCUAGGCCGGGGACGGGCCGCAGUCUAGAACCAGCAGCAAGUUGGCUGGGCUUUGCAUACCAUCAUCCAGACAGCACUGACUCUGUAGUAACAUGCGUGUGCAGGGGUGUGUGUCUGUGUGUGCAUGUGUGUGUCUGUGUGUGUCUCUGUGUCUGUCUGUGUGUCUGUUGUCUGUUUGUGUGUGUGUGCACUCGCGCGCAUGCCUGUUUGUACCUGUGUGUG